AUGACAUCACUAAUAUUCGGUGCUUUUCCGGACGCCGUAUCCACGAUUAUCAACAAACACUAUGUUGACGAUUUAGUUGCCAGCUUUAACGAGGCCGAAGAAGCCGUAAGAAUCUGCCAAGAGAUAUUUAGAAUCAAUCGGCAUGCGGGAUUCGAGCUGCGAAAUUUUAUCUCCAACUAUCGUGAGGUUGAAGAAAUAAUGAACCAACAACCAACGUCGCCAGAAAGAGAAGCAGACAGCAUGUUUCAUCGCGUGCCCCAAGGUGUCCUAAACAGAACGCGUGCACCAACUAAACGGAAAUUACUGCGCAUCGUAAUGGCGGAGUUUGAUCCGUUUGAGACCUCGGAGAGCGAAAUAGAAUGGGACAACAUUCUCCCGAUGGAGCUAGGCAGGAAGUGGUUACAAUGGUGGCAAGAAAUCAACAGCAUGAAGCAAUUCACGAUUCCACGGUGCUCCUCACAACACGUCGCAAACAUGGGUAAAGUCGAGGUGCAUAUGUUUGUGGAUGCAAGUCAAGUUGCGUUUGCUGCGGUGGGGUACUUGCGAGCUCUCCACGAAGGAAAUGUUGAUGUCAGCUUCGUAAUGGGAGAACCUCGUACCGCUCCGACGAAGCUCAUGUCGAUCCCGCGCCUAGAACUGCAGUCAGCUGUCCUGGGCACCCGUCUAUUCAAAUUAUUCCAAGAAUCCCACGAGCUCACGAUCGAGCGGGCGGUAUUCUGGAGCGACUCGCCAACCGUUCUGCAGUGGAUACAUUCAUCGCAGAGAAAAUACAAGGCGUUUGUUAGUCACAGUAUAUCCGAAAUACUCACCUCCACUGCCCCAAAACAAUGGCGAUGGGUGCCAACUGCACAAAAUACUGCAGACGCUGCCACGCGCCCAUCAUGUCCACCGAUAUUCGACAUCAAUAACCGUUGGGUAAAGGGUCCAGACUUCUUAAUGUACCACGAGCAGUAUUGGCCUACCCUAACACUACAACCGGAAAGCGUCGUACCAGAAGAAAUUACGACCGAAGCGAUACUACUGGUGCAGCCAUGUAACUCAGUCAUACAUUUUUCAAUAUUUGGUUCAUUUUCGAAGCUGCGACGUACCGCAGCUUGGGUGCUGCGUACAGCGAGCUUAUUUCGAAAGCAGCCAAAUAGCGAAGUCAAUCCAUCAACGAGCCUGAGCGUGACAGAAAUCGAUGCUGCCGAAAACAUGAUUUGCAAAUUAGUCCAGCGUGAGUGUUGCGCGAGUGAAAUCUCCAACUUGGCAGCGGAGCGCAAACUUAGCAAACGAAGCUCUUUAUACAAACUGUCACCGUAUGUUGAUGAAAGUGGUGUACUACGACAGAGCGGCCGCAUCGAUGAGGCGGCAUACCUACCAUACCAAGCGCGACGACCGAUUUUGCUACCACCAGAACACGCAGUGUCGGCCUUAGUUGUCAAAGAUGUCCAUGAGAGGAACCACCAUCAGAAUAUCGCAGUAACCAUCAACGCCAUUAGACAAAGUGUAAGCUUCCCGCUGUGUAUUUCGACGCUCAAUAUGGAUGGCCUCUGUGGCAAGUGCGACAAGGUUUUUGCGCGAGGAGAUCCUUGUAUCGUGCCCUGCAGUGGUUUUUUUAAAGAAGCGCUUUCAUCGUGCGUGUUGUGA